AUGCUCAACGGCGCCGCCGACUCCCGCGGCUCCUCCAGCAAUGGGACGUCGUACGUGAACGGCAACGGCCCCCUUUCCCACCGCCUCAAGAUGGACCGCAAGCAAUCGAGCCCCAUGGCCCCGGCCUUUAUGGUGUCCGCGCCGGGCAAGGUCAUUGUGUUUGGCGAGCACUCGGUCGUCCACGGCAAGGCUGCCAUUGCCGCUGCCAUCUCCCUUCGCUCGUACCUCCACGUCACGACCCUCUCCAAGUCGAAGCGGACCGUCUCGCUGCGAUUCCCCGACAUAGACCUCAUCCAUACCUGGAACAUUGACGACUUGCCGUGGAAUGUCUUCCAACAACCCUCCAAGAAGAAGUCGUACUACUCCCUCGUCACCGAGCUCGACCCCGAACUCGUCUCCGCCCUGCAGCCGCACAUUGGCGUCGUGGGCGCCGACCUGCCCGAUGAGAUUCGCAAGGUCCAGCGUAACUCCGCCUUCGCCUUCCUCUACCUUUUCCUCUCGCUCGGGUCGCCGUCCUUCCCCGGAUGCCUGUAUACCCUCCGAUCCACGAUACCAGUCAGCGCCGGCCUCGGGAGCAGCGCGUCCGUGUCCGUCUGUCUGUCCGCCGCCCUGCUCAUCCAGCUGCGGACGUUGUCUGGGCCGCACCCGGACCAGCCACACGAAGAGGCGCGGCUGCAGAUCGAGCGCAUCAACAGGUGGGCCUUUGUCGCCGAGAUGUGCAUCCACGGUAACCCAUCGGGCGUGGACAACACUGUCGCGACCCAGGGCAAGGCCGUCGUCUUUCGGCGGACAGACUAUAAUGAGCCCCCGUCGGUGCGACCGCUGUGGGACUUUCCCGAGCUCUCCCUCCUGCUGGUCGACACGCGGCAACCCAAGUCGACCGAGCACGAGGUCGCAAAGGUCCUCAAGCUCAAGGAGACGCACCCUAAGCUGGUGGGCACCAUCCUGGAAGCGAUGGAUAAGGUCACCGGGAGUGCGGCCGAGCUCAUCGAGCACGAUGACUUUGAUGAGGAGGAGGAAGAGUCGCUGAGGCGGGUGGGCGAGCUCAUGACCAUCAACCACGGCCUGUUGGUCUCGCUGGGCGUGUCACAUCCCCGUCUGGAGAGGGUGAGGGAGCUGGUCGACCACCAGGGCAUCGGGUGGACCAAGCUGACGGGUGCCGGUGGCGGCGGGUGCUCCAUCACACUCAUGCGACCAAACGUGUCUCCGGAGAAGCUGCGCCGGCUCGAGAAGCAGCUCGUGGACGAAAACUACCAAAAGUUUGAGACGACUCUGGGCGGCGAUGGCGUCGGCGUGCUCUGGCCGGCGGUCCUGAAGAACGGCACCGAGGAGGACCGAGAGGGCGGCAUGGAGAUUGAUGUCGAAAAGUUUCUCAACGCCGAGGGGACCAAGGGCGUAGAGAGCCUGGUCGGCGUCCACGGCGACGGCGGCGAGCGCGAGGGCUGGAAGUUUUGGCGCGUCGAGAACCGGUAG